GUGUUGUAAGGAGUCUAGCCAGUUGGUGAGCUCUCUAAUCUAAACCAGCUGUCCCUAAAUUGAGGCCUCCCAUUUGCAUUGUUUUAACAUACUUAGAAAAUGAAGUAUUCAUUUUUAACAUUCCUCCUCCAAUUGGUUUAAUGCUGAAUUACAGAAGGGAACUAAGCAAAACCAGGUGCUUUUGCUGUGUUCACUCCAGUGUCUGAGGAGGAGCAGACCUCUCUGAUUCCCUUCCCUCUCCUCCCCUCCCUCCUCCUUCCUUCCCCUUUCUUCCCCUCAUUCUUUCUGUCUCUCUUUCUCUCUCCCCGUUUCUCUAUGAUUUGGCCUUUUAUUCUCUGGAAAUUAAAUGAUGGUAGGUCUGAAGUUCUAGCAAAAGAUUUAAUGUACAAAAGCAUUUUUAGAUAUUCAGCUGUACGGGCAUUACUGUUUUACCUCCUUGGCUUUAUUCAUCAGUUUUGGACAUGACAGCAUUUAAAAGGUUAAUGCCCAUUUUCAUGGCUGUUGGCUGUCUCAUUAGUCAUGGAAUGACACAGCAACAAUGCUCAAAUGGGUUUGAGAUGGAGCGUGUGUCAGGCCAAUGCUUAGAUAUUGAUGAAUGCCGCACUAUUGCUGAGGCCUGUAGAGGAGACAUGGUGUGUGUCAACCAAAAUGGUGGCUAUUUAUGCAUUCCACGAACAAAUCCUGUCCAGCGAUCCCCAUAUAUGAAUCCUUACGUACCUAGUGUGUACCCACCACCUCCAGUCCCAGCUCCUGCUCCAAAUUAUCCUACUGUUGGAAGAGUGCCUCCCAUUUGUCGGUUUGGGUAUCGAAUGAAUGAAAACAACCAGUGUGUAGAUGUCGAUGAAUGCGCAACUGAAUCACAUCAGUGCAAUCCUACCCAAAUCUGCAUCAACACUGAAGGAGGAUAUACUUGUUCCUGCACUGAAGGAUAUUGGCUUUUAGAAGGCCAAUGCUUAGAUAUAGAUGAAUGUCGCUAUGGAUACUGUCAUCAGCUAUGUGCCAAUGUACCUGGCUCCUAUUCCUGUACCUGCAACCCAGGAUUUGUACUGAAUGAAGACGGAAGAUCGUGUCAAGAUGUGAAUGAAUGUACAACUAACAACCCUUGUGUACAAAACUGUAUCAACACCUAUGGCUCAUUCCUUUGUCGUUGUGAUCCGGGCUAUGAAUUGGAAACCGAUGGCAUUAGCUGUACUGAUAUGGAUGAAUGCAGCUUCUCAGAAUUUCUCUGCCAGCAUGAAUGUGUUAAUCAGCCAGGUAGCUACUACUGUUUCUGCCCGUCUGGCUACGUUCUUGUUGAGGACACUCGGUGUCAAGAUGUUAAUGAAUGUGAGGUUGGGAAUCACACUUGUAACGUGCAGCAAACAUGUUUUAAUUUCCAAGGAGGAUUCAAAUGCCUAGACCCAGUAAGAUGCGAGGAUCCUUAUAUCCGGAUCAAUGAAAAUCAUUGUAUAUGUCCAACUGAAAACCCUAGCUGUAGAGACCAGCCAUUCACCAUCUUGUACAGAGACAUGGAUGUAUCAGGACGUACUGUGCCCUCCGAUGUAUUUCAGAUGCAAGCAACCUCUCGCUACCCUGGGGCUUACUACAUCUUUCAGAUUAAAUCAGGAAAUGAAGGCAGAGAAUUCUAUAUGCGGCAAACUGGACCUAUCAGUGCCACGCUUGUGAUGACUCGUCCUCUGAAGGGGCCACGUGACAUUGUGUUGGACCUGGAGAUGGUCACUGUUAACACUGUCAUCAAUUUCAGAGGAAGUUCUGUCAUUCGACUGAGGAUUUAUGUAUCACAAUAUCCAUUCUAAACCUAGACUGGCAUUGCUUUCUUUAAAACUACCACAGCAGCAGCUGAAAAAGGACCCUUUUCUGCCCAAACUUUUUUUCUCAGAAGUCAAUUCUUCUAACAAUUCAACUUGAAAUUAAUAUUCAGACAUGUCACAAUGGUUCAUGUUACAAUAACUGGACAGUACUUCUUGUGGUUUAAAGGCACCUGAGCUUUGAAUUAUCAGUGGAUUCCAUAGAGUUAUUUUAUUUUAUUUUGCUCAUGAGUGUUUAGGUACUUUGGUCUUGCUUUCCAAACUUUUUCUAAAGUGUGAUUAAAAGCUUUAAAAACUGUGAAGAUUUUCACUGUAAUGGCAAUGCUGUUUAGCCAAAACACUAGAGAAACUGGGAAAGUUGGCUUCUACUGUUGUUUUCUAAAAACUAAAGAAAAACAAGUAAAAAAUGCUUGUGGGACCAGGAAAGCAUCAGCUACUCUCUCAAAAAAAUUUUUUAUGGAAUAAUCUUACAUUCCGAACCCUGGGUUUGAUUCAGGGAGAAUAAUUCCUUAUUGGCUUUGUUUUAUACUUUCCCCCUUUAUUUCCAGGCCAGGGAAUUGACUGCCUGGAGAUCUUAACUAGAAUCCAAACCAAUCACAGCUAUAACACUUGCUUAAGAGAACUUUGCACGUAUACUUCUUGAGUAUACCCAUUUACACUCUAGGCAACCUGUUCUUAAAAUAGACAUAGUUUUCAAAAACAGCUUUUUGAAACAACUUAGAAUGGCAUGUCAAACUUAAUGCUCAACUUUAAAAUAUUUUUUUAAAAAGUCAUUUCAGGCACAAAAAAAACAGGCACACAUAAAACAAUUCUUUGGAUAUGGCCAUUACGGAUAGUAUGAUGUAAUUUAAUGACAUACUUUAAAAUAUUUACUCAAAAAGAGGCCAUUAUCUUUUCAUUAUCUAUUCCAGGCCCAUUUCCUUAAUAGUCACAAAGCAGCCUACUGCUGUGUAAUGAUAGUUCAAUAUGAAAUCAGCAGAAAAAAUCCACACAUAUAUGUCAUUUUAGCAACUCUAACAGAACCAUUUUUAUUCUUAGUUUUAUUAUGCUUAUUUUAUAUUACUCUUUUUUUUCUGCAUAGGAAAAACAUGCAUCUGCAAUUCAAGAAAUACCCAGGCUAGUAAUUAGGAUGGCUCAAUAACAGAGUAUGUAAGUUCCUAGCUUAGUUCCCAGUGUUUCCAGUUAAAGACCUUGGGAAGCAGAAUGGGAAUAUCUAAUGCCUUAAAGAAUUGUAACAAGUAACCGCAUCCCUUAAAUUGGUUACUGGUUUGACCUUGAAAAAGGAAGCUUUUUUUGCAUAUUAAAAAACUAGAUGUACUAUAUUCAGUGAUAUAUGUUCUAAAUACAGAUAGUCCUUGAUUAACAACCACUCGAUCAGCAACAGUUUUAAGUUAUGACACUUCUGAAUGAGGCAAAUUACAGUUGACCCUCAAAUUACAGCUGUCGUGGCAUCUCUGGAGGUGACAGUAUCACAAUUUGGGUGUUUGGCCUGGGAGUGCAGUGGUUAGAAUGCAGUAUUGCAGGCUAACUCUGUCCACAGCCUGGAGUUCGAUCCUGAUGGGCUCAAGGUUGACUCAACUUUCCAUCCUUCAGUAAAAAAAAUUACCCAGAUUGUUGGGGGCAAUAUGCUGACUCUGUAGACCAUUUAAAGAGGGUUGUAAGGCACUAUGAAGUGGUAUAAGUCUAAGUGCUAUUGCUAUUGCUUGGCAAUUAGCUUGCAAUUACGACACUACAGUGUCCUGCAGUCAUGUGAUUGCCAUUUGGUUUCUGGCAAGCAAAGUCAAUGGGGAAACCAGCAGGAGGUCACAAAUGGUGAUCAUGUGACAUCAAAGCUAACAGGAUUUGCUUAAUGACCUAAAAUGGAAAUGCCAGGUAACACAGUUUAUAACCGUGUUGCUUAGUGAUGGAGCUCUUUGUCCCAAUUACUGUUGUUACCCAACAUCUACCUGUAGGCAUUAUAUUAAAACAUACAGUUAGUCCUGGACUUAUGACCACAGUUGGACCAGAAUUUCCAUUCUAAAUUGGUGCAAUUAUAAAACAGUUAUCACAUGACUGAACCCAAUUUUAUGAUCAUUUUUAUUGUAGUCAUUAAGUGAAUGGUAAUAGUAGUAAAGUUGGAAGGAACCUUGGAGGUCAUCUAGUCCAACCCCCUGCUCAGGCAGAAAACCCUACACCAUUUCGGACAAAUGGCUGUCCAGGCUCUUCUUAAAAACUUCCAGUGUUGGAGCAUUUACUGCUUCUGGAGGCAGGCUAUUCCACUUUUCCAACACAUGAAUUACUUCAUACUUUUACUAUAUUAUGAACAUUUUUAAGAUUUCCAGUAUGGAUAAAAUCACAUGAGAUUAAGAAAAUAGGAACUAGCUAUGCUGAAUCUGAUUUCUCAAUGCAUAUUCAAAAUAAUGUACAGUAUGUGGUCCAAAUUUCAACAGAAGCUCAGUAAGAAUUAGAUUUUUAAAAAGCUGAUUGCACUGUCCUGGGACUUGAGAUCAUAGUUGUGAUUGCACUUCCACACAUAUUUAGGGAACAUUUAUUUAUGGGAGUAAAAAUCAAAACAAAUCAUAGUGGAAACGAACAUAGUUCUGUCAUUUGCAGGAUAUAUAUAUUUUUAAAAGUUGCUUUCCUGCACAUAUGGUUUGUAAUAGUUUCAAUAACUCAAACAAAACACUGAUUUUUUUAAAAAACUGUAUUUUUAUUUUUAAUUGUUUUAUUUUUUCACUGGCUUCACCAGUUUUCUGGGAACAAAAAUAUAUUGUUCAGAACCAAAGUGUGAACAUACAUGUUCACUAAGGGGCUAUAUUUUCCUGAAUGUUCUGAUCAUGUAAGAGGCUCUAUUCCUAGUCCAGCUGUGCUCAAUUUGUAAGUUGUUUAAACUUUUAUUCAAAGUAAAAAAAAAAAAAGUUGUGCAGAUUUUUUAAAAAGGAAAAUUAUAUUUGGCAAUAUAUCUAUGUCUGGACUCUAAAACAGCAGCAAACCUUGGAUGACUUCUUUUGUAUAAUUAUAAUUACUUCAGACUAUAUGAAUGACCUGGCUUGAGAGCAUUUAUUUCUUUUUAAAGUUCCACAAACUUGUUCCAAAGGUUUACUGUUGCUCAUGCAUAUAAUGCUGAACGUAUGUCCAAAACAGGUAUUUUACAUGUGCAGAUGGAAAAAUAUGUGAUGGUUAUUUGAUUGUCCAUUUUCUGGAGGACUAUUGUACUAUGUUACUUUUCUCCCUAACAAUCGAAUGAUCAUCUACUAGCGCUUUACUGAAAUGAUUUUGUUUCCUGCUCCAGCUCAGUCACAAAAGGAAGAUUUCUCUCUCCCCCCCCCCCGCCGUGCAUUAUAUGAUGAGGCAAUGCAAUUGCGUCAGUGCUGCUUGGACACAAAGGGUUAGAAAUACUUUUUCUUUGCUGUAUAAAAAGCCAAUAUUAAUGGUGAAAUACUUUUAUGAAAAAUGUGCUGAGGAAAUUAUUAACCGGUGAAAACCCUGCUGAAAUAUAUGGAAAUUAUUAAGUAAAUAAACUAUGCCUGAAGACAUAA